AUGUCGGUCAUACGAGAAACGGUUUGUGGCGUCAACUCACAGUUGGAUCGCCUCCAGCAACAGAUUGCAACUCCAAAACUUGAGGCCGCUUCCCUUCCCAAUCAGUCCCAGGAACAUAUCGACCAGUUGCAAGAUGUCAUCCACUCUAUUUCAGUGACAUCGAAAAACCAAGCCCUUCUACCCCCCAAUCGAUUGGCCGACUUGCUCUCUGGCCCGGCUGUCUCUCGUCUCCAAUCAAAGUCGAGUAUAUCUGGGGUGCCCGCUGGGAAUAUCUCUGACUAUGUAUGGAUUGUAGCUGCAAAGGCUGCCGUCCAGGCAUCAGGGCUGAUGAUGAACACUCUUCUGGACCAAACGCUUGAACUCCACGACGAAGCUUAUUAUUGGGGGGAGAUGCUAGGCUCAGUCUGGCACAGCGGCCUGUAUACGAUCCAGACCUCCCCAGUGCAGCUGUUUCGAUGGACCAAGAACACGUAUCUGACACAAACCCAAGGUACCUCGUCCAUCGCUGACAGGUGGAUUCAAUUCUAUCAGGUUGCCCGAAAGAGUGUCUGGAAAUUAGGUGGACACUCCAUACGCGGCCAUUUGCUUGCUCCCAUCAGGUCAUCGCGCGCGGAGAUGCGGCGAAAAAGAGACUUCAUCCUUGCAAUGAAGGAUCUUCACACCAGCAGCCUUGGCCUUCUGAUGGAGAGGUGGCAUUUGUUCGAGGCCGAUGACUCGACUGCGAGCGCCACCUCGACGGUUGUCAGCAACAAAUGGCGCGAUGAAGUAUACAGGGCAGUGGUUCUGAUCGAAGCUGUUUUCCACCAGAUAAGCCUUGAGCCCAGCAUCCAGGCGUUGGAAGAGGGCGUAUUUGCAACCCUGAAGAAAGAUAUGGAUAGGAUGCAGAUGCAAGCGCAGAGUGAAUCCCCUGUACAACAGCCUCUCGAAUUAAUUGAACGACUUGUGCAUGUUCUUCGACAGAAGUUGCCACAGCAUACAGCUUCGGUGUCAAUGUUUGUUAGUCACCAUGGGCGCCCUUCAGGCAUAGUCCGCUACUGGUUGCCAAUCUCAGCUGCAAUCCUUUCUGGCAGUGUAUCAAUGAGGUUCUUGUCCAACAGACAAGAGGAAAUCAUUCAGGGGGUUAUGAACAUUGGUGCCACAGCCAUCGACUUUUGGGGCAACUGGGUUGUACACCCCAUCCAAAAGCUCAUUGGGACGAUCAGACACGAUGAAAAGAGCGAAAUUGCCAUCAUGAGCAAGAAUAGCCUACUGGCUGACCGGGCCAGCUUGGAAAGAAUGGUGGUCGAUUUUGUUCAAGAUCGCCCGGACCUCCAUGAAGGAGUGGCAGACACCACCGCCAUCGUGAAUUCAGUUAAGGAGGGUGACUUGACCCCCGUCCUGAAAGCGUAUGAAAGGGACUUACGGUCGCCUCUUGUUGGCACCGUUCGAGGCGAUCUCAUCCGCGCCCUCUUAAUUCAAAUCCAGAAGACCAAGGUUGACGUGGAAAUUGCCAUCAGCGGUAUUGAUGCUCUACUGAAGAGCCAAGAACUUGUCUUUGGGUUCGUCGGAUUAACCCCAGGGAUUCUGGUCUCCUUUGCAACCCUGAGAUGGCUGGGAAGCCUUUUUGGUAGCCGGCGAGGCCUGCAAAAGGGCAAGCAGCAACAUGAACUCAAGCGUGGAUUGCGCAAUGUGGCCCGGAUUUUGACUUCCUCUGCGAUUUCAUCCAAUGGAACCAUCCCUUACAAAGAUUCUGGUCAGCUGAUAUGUGAGGCGGAGGCUCUACUCCAGCAGAUGAGAGCAGUUUCUAGCAGCAUGAAGUAUCAAGAGUUCCGAGAAGACAUCCAAGAUCUGCUUAAUGUACAAGAUGGAGUUGAUAAGCAGCUUCACGUGAUUGAGAGGAUGAGAUGGUCAUACUUUCAAUAG